CGUUGCAAAAAUAUAUCGUUUUCGGAAAACAGAAGUAAUGAAAAUUCACUUCUAUUAAGAUAAAAUAAUAACUAUUUUUUAUAGACCUCCAUCUCGAUUGCAUAGUAAUUUCAAUUGCAGGUGAGUGGGAGAUGUUGUCAAAUAAAUGGUUGGUGUUGUGGUCCCUGUGGGCGGCUCGCCUGGUGCGGCAGCCGACGCCGGCGGUGCGCGUGAGCGGCGGCUGGCUACGGGGCACGGUCGCACCCGCCGGCACACACGUGCAGUACCUGGGGGUGCCGUACGCUACUGUACCGAACAGGUUCCAGGCACCAGAUCCCCAUCUGUCCUGGGCUGGGGUUUUUGAGGCGACGGACGAACAUAUCAGAUGCACCCAGAGAUUGACUACAACGACCGUGUCAGGGAGAGAAGAUUGUCUCACGAUGAAUAUCUAUACACCACCAAAGAGCUCUAAGACACUCCGACCAGUCAUGGUUUUCAUUCACGGAGGCGGCUUCAGAGACGGAUCGGGUUCUCCAUUUAUUUACGGUCCAGAAUAUUUGGUCAAACUAGACGUCAUUCUCGUUACAUUUAACUAUAGGCUAGAGAUCCUGGGUUUUCUCUGCCUCGGUAUCAAAGAAGCUCCUGGAAAUGCUGGUCUUAAAGACCAAGUGGCCGCUCUGAAGUGGGUCAGAAGAAACAUUGAGGCUUUCGGCGGAGAUCCUGAAAACGUUACCAUAUUCGGCGAAAGCGCUGGGUCUGCCUCGGUGAUGUACCACCUCUUGUCACCGAUGUCGAAAAGCCUAUUCCAAAGAGCAAUCAUGCAGAGCGGUUCAGCGAUAUCACCUUGGAGUUUUCAAUUCGAACCAUUACAAACUGCAAUAUUGUUAGCCAAGGGAUUGGGUUAUGAAACUAAAGAUCCCAAUGAAUUAUACCGGAUAUUUAUGAGUAAAACAGGCGAGGAGUUAAUGAGAACUCGAGUCCAUAGAAAUGAUGGAGACAUAGUUUUGUCGGAGAAUAUAUUCGUACCAUGCGUGGAAAAGAAUGUGCCUGGGGUAGAUCAGUUUCUGGAUGAUACUCCCUAUAAUUUACUAGUUAAUGGUAGGUUUAGUAAAGUACCGCUGAUAAUAGGGCACAAUAACGCAGAAGGCUACAUGUUUGUUGGUAAAGAAAACGAUACGACAAUAUCUAAACUAAGUUUUUAUGGAGCGAUGCCAAGAGAUCUUAAGUUUCCCAGUGAAGAAGAAAAAAUUGAAACUGCAAAAAAAUUGAAAGAACUCUAUAUGGGUAAUGAAGAGAUAAGUAAAAAUAUUUUGAAAUUUUCUUUCUUCGUUGGAGAGUCGAGUAUCAGUUACCCUACAAUAAUGACGACGCAUAUGAUCAGUAAGAUGUCAGUGCAGCCUAUUUACUCUUACAAGUUUUCAUACGAUGGUUGGUUGAAUUUUGUGAAGAAGAUUUUUGGGUACAGCGGAGCGCCAGGGGCGACUCAUGCUGAUGAGUUGUUUUAUAUUUUUAAAAUAAAAAUUCCUGCACUAGUCCACGAGUACGUGGAGAAUGAGAUGAUAGAGAGAAUGACUAGUAUGUGGACUAACUUCGCUAAAUAUGGGGACCCCACGCCGCAAACUGCGUCGUUGGCGCCGACCAAAUGGCGGCCCAUAGAUAAGGAGGAUCCGCAUCUCCUGCUCAUAGACAAACAUUUUACAAUAGCACCAUUGUGGGACAAAGAUACGAUCCUCUACUGGAACGACACUUACGCUAAUUACAGGAGGACCUCGUGACAUCUGUGAUGUUUUAGUUUAUUCUAAGAGCUACACCUCGUUACUGCCUAUUUUUAAUUAGAACAAAGUCAAAUCGUACUUAAGGCU